AUGGGGGCCCUCGCAAAAGUCGCAACCGCGGUGCUGGGCCUUUCAUUCAUGGUGUUUGUCACCUUUUUCGGCCGAUUGCCCGCUUUCAGACGCACCCCCGUGGCCUGGCUGUACCGUCUUGUCUGGGUGCACCUCCCCAAUGGCCUCAUCGCCAUCGACGAGCGUCUCACGGGCGGCCGAACCGUGGCUGCUCUCACACGCUUUAGUUCGUACAUCAUGUACGACCGCCAUCCGACUGUCUUAAUCUUCUUCAUCCUCCUCCUGACCAUCUCAACCUACCUCUAUCUCCCGUCCUCCUGGCCCCUCAUGGCCCCCAUCCACAAAAUCCUUUCUGUCCCCACCAUUUUAUGUCCCUACCUCUUCCUCUACCUCUCAGCGGCCUCCGACCCCGGCACCAUCACCCCCUCCAACCUCCCCCGCGAAAUGGCCCGCUACCCCUUUGACUUUUCCCUCUUCCACCCCGGCGCCCGCUGCCGUACCUGUCCUCCCACUUCCUCCCAGUCAGGAGGCCAACACGGAGAAGAAGAAGGGAGAGCAGGAGAAGGAGGAGACCAACAAGGAGGCCAACUCAAACCCGCCCGCUCGAAACACUGUUCCCUCUGCCGCGCCUGCAUAGCCCGCUGCGACCACCACUGCAUUUUCAUCAACAACUGUGUCGGCGCCGGCAACCACCACUAUUUCCUCCUCCUCCUGCUCUCUACCGCCAUCUUAACCCUCUACGGCGGCCUCCUCGGCACUUCCCUCAUGACAUCCCAAAUGCGCGCUCGUUUCCCCGGGUGGAAAUGGGCUUGGUGGCGCGCCUCGCGCGGCACCCUCUACGGGAAUAGAAAUGGAAGAGACGAGCUGGGGAUGCCGUUCACGGAUUGGUUGAUAACCUGGAGCUGGGGGAUGCAAGAUGGCGGGCGGGGCAGUGGCGGGGGGGUUGCGAUGGGGGCGGUGACGUUGCUGGCGUUGAUGACGAGUCCGUUGGUGUGGGGGUUGUUGGGGUAUCAUUUGUGGUUGGUGUAUUGUGGCACGACGACGAAUGAGUCGAUGAAGUGGGCGGAUUGGCAGGUGGAGAUGGAUGAGGGGGGGGUGUUUAAGCGGAAGGUGAACGCCGAAAAGAGGGGGAGGGAUUUGGGGGUUGAGCCGGCGUGGACGAGGUGGCCGGUGGAGGCGGAACAGGUGUUGGUUAGGACGGGGGAUGGGAAGCCGCCUAGGGGGGAAGGGUUGCUACCGGGAGAGGGACCGUGGGAGGCGGUGUGGAGGUUGAGGGAUGUGGAGAAUUUGUAUGAUUUGGGGUGGUGGGAUAAUUUGGUCGAUGUGUUGUGGCCGUAUUAUAUGUUUCGGGAUCCGUAUGUGCCCGUGGCGGAGGAUAGGGUACGGCGGAAGAAGAAGAGGCGGGCAAGGAAGAUUAUCUUGGCUUAA